GCGUGCGGCUGUUAGGCGGCUGGCGCCUUUUCCGUGGGUGCUGCGCUGUAGCCUAAAGGAGAGCUUGUCAUGUCACAGGCAUGGAACGAUGAGUGGGAGCUGAGCAAAGAAAAUGUGCAGCCCCUCAGGCAGGGCCGUGUCAUGUCCACCUUGCAGGAAGCCCUGGCUCAGCAGGAGACCUCCGUCCACACUGCUGCUCAACUCAAAAAACAAGAAUUUGAAUCAGAAAUCCGUUUUUACUCUGGAGAUGAUCCCCUGGAUGUCUGGGACCGGUACAUUAAGUGGACAGAGCAAACGUUCCCCCAGGGUGGAAAGGAGAGUAAUCUCUCAGCAGUAUUGGAAAGGGCUGUGAAAGCCCUCAAUGAACAGCAGAGAUAUUACAAAGAUCCCCGCUAUCUUAACCUCUGGCUCAAGUUUGGGAAUUGUUGUAAUGAGCCCUUGGAUCUGUACAGUUAUCUACAUAGCCAGGAAAUUGGCACAACGCUGGCACAACUUUAUAUCACGUGGGCAGAAGAACUUGAGGCUAGAGGAAGCUUUAAGAAAGCAGACUUAAUAUUCCAGGAAGGCCUUCAGCGUAAGGCUGAGCCUAUGGACAAGCUCCAGUCCCAUCACAGGCAGUUUCAGGCCCGUGUUUCUCGGCAGACACUACUGGGGCUUGAGGACGCUGCUGAUGAAAAAGACAUUGAUCUUCCGAGAACUGCAGAACCUCAGAGAAGCUCCCUGGCAGAUCUAAAAGGCAGGGGGAAGAAAAAUGUAGUAGCACCAAUUAGUCGUGUGGGAGAUGCACUUAAAGCCACGAACCAAAAUAGAAGUUUACAGAAUCCAGCUUCUCAACAGCUUUCAAAUAAUCUACGUUUUGCUGUGUUUGAUGAAAAUUCAGCUUCAGCUUCUGGACCUGGUAUUCCUGCACUUACCCCUCAGUCAUGGACAGCACUUCCAGCUCCAAAGGCCAAGGAGAAUGAAUURAGUGCAGGACCUUGGAACUCUGGCAGGCGUCCCCGCAGUAAUGCUAAUUCUGGCAUGGAAGUGCCCUGCACAUUGCCUAACUUCACCCCGUACGUGGAGGAGUCGGCUCUGCAACAAGUGAUGACUCCUUGCAAAAUUGAGCCCAGCAUAAACAGUGUUUUAAGCGCUCGCAAACCGGAAAAAGAGGAUCCUCUACAGCGAGUGCAAAGCCAUCAGCAGGACACUCAGAAAAAGCAAGAGAUGGUGAUGUACUGCAAAGAUAAAGUUUAUGCUGGGGUGGAAGAAUUCUCUUUGGAAGAGAUUCGAGCUGAAAUCUACAGAAAGCGAGCACAAAAGAAAAUAGAAGAGGAGAUACAAGCCAUAGCACAGAGGAAGGAAGAGAUGAGAAGAAAAAUUGAGGCACUGGAGAAGAACCUGAAGGAAAAUAACGGGCAGCAAGAUCCACACGAACAGCCAGCAGACACAAGAGAGUCUUCACCAGCUUUGGGACUGCAGGAUGUUGCUAUCUCCAGUGCAACAGAACUUGGAGAGAAACAGCCUCCCUUGCAAAGUGAACCACAGCCUUCUGAAGAUACUCAACUAGAGAAACCAGCUUGUUCCAAGAAGGUCAUCCAGUCUCCUGCUGUAUGCCCUGAUGUCCAGGGAUGGUGUGUGUUUCUGGACUCUGAGGAUGAACAGGAAGGCCAAAGAGCUGAGGCCAACAUUAAUAAGAAAGAUGUCGCUCUUCCUCCAGUGGAACCUGCUACAUUUUUUUCUAUUUUUGAUGAAACAUCUGCUUCAGCAAACCAGAAUACAAGUUGUUCUACAGGUCACACACAGAAAAGUGCCCGGCGCCCUCUUGCUAUUCGUAAACCUUCGGAUUCUCUCACUGCAAAGGAAAACGUUCCACCAGAAGCUUGUGAUGAGCUGAAUGGAAUUGAACCUUUGACUGAAGAUGCGAUCGUGACAGGCUCUUACAAGAACAAAACCUUUUGUGCCAACCCAGAAGACACCUGUGACUUUGUUAGGGCUGCCCAUCUGGCCUCCACCCCCUUCCAUGGAAUGUUAGCUCAGAGAAUUCCAACUCCUGCUUAUUCAGAGAGUACCCUCAAGGAAGAUUGUCCAGAAUCCAAGAGCACCUCUCUGAAUCAACAGAUCCCUGUUUGUGAGGGAACAUACAAUGAAGCUCUCUGUGCCAAGAAACUGAGCCCAAUCAUGGAAGCAAGUCAGGAAGAUACUCGCUCGUCGGGGUCUUCUGUCUCCCCGGGAUCUUCUCUUUCCUCUGUUACACAAAUAUCCACUAUUAAAUAUCUUCAUAUCCCUGAGAAACUGGAGCUUGCUCAGAGCCUGCCUGCUGAAAUUGUUACYGAUUCUGGAGGAAUCGGUGAAAACAUCACUGGUGAUGACACAACUCAGUUGCUGUGGAAUAAUGAACAGCGGAAAAAGCUCCUCGAUCCUAUGCCAGAAUCACUGACUGCUUCUCCAUGCUUUCAUUUGGAGAAUGAGUCUCUGCCUAGGAUGCUGAUUGAGAAAGAAUUUGAUCUAGGAAAUGAGACUUACUGUAUCAAACGGGAAUAUUGGGCUGAUGAAGAAUACAAGAUGUGUUUUGCUGUACCAGCUAAUUUUCCCCAGUUGGAUGCAAAGGGAUUUGUAAUAAAGGUGUAUUCUCAGCCUGUACCUUGGGAUUUUUAUAUCAUACUUCAACUACAGGAGCGUUUGAAUACUGAUUUUGACCAAAGCUUCAGUGAAAAUUGCAGCUGUUUCCUCUACCAAGAUGGCUGUGCUGUMCUACACAAGGAUAUCAACCGCUUUACGCUUGGGGACAUUAUUCGUGAGCGAAAGGACAUUUCAGAGGAAGUUAUUCUGCUGGUGGUUUAUAAUCUUCUGGGUGUUGUAGAGAAGCUCCACAAAGCAGAGAUCGUCCACGGAGACCUGAGUCCAGAGGUGUUCUUUCUGGGAGACAGGAUCUGUGAUCCGUUUGCUAAUGAUGAGAUGACUAGUGCUCUGAAGAUGGUGGAUUUCUCUCACAGCCUCGAUUUGAAGCUGCGGUCUCAGAUAAAUUUGCUCAACAGCUUUCCAAUAGCUCAGACCCCUUAUGGACAACAGCUCCUGGCAAACAGUUCUUCUCCUUAUCAGGUAGACUUGGUUGGCAUUGCAGAUAUAGUCCAUUUGAUGCUUUUUGGGAACCACGUCCAGGUCUAUCAAGAAAACUUCACCUGGAAAAUCAGCCAAAAUAUGUCCAAGACUGUUGGCAGGAAUUUCUGGAGCAAGCUUUUUGGGAGGAUUCUGAAUGCAGAUGGUAAGUCCACGGUGCCUCUGCUGCGGGAGCUGAGAGAGGAAAUAAGUGACAUGUUUGACAGCUCUUUCCAAGAACGUCUCUGUGAAUCCUUAGCAGCCCUUGGAGAAACGUUCCUCUUGGAGAACUUCCUCUGACUUUCUAGAGAGCAAGCCUGUUUUGUAUUAUGUAAGGGAAUCUGAUGUUAAUGUUAUUUAUUUGCAAAUGUAAGUAUGAACAAUGAUGAUGGUUGUUUCUACAGUAUUUUUACGUGGAGCUGCUAAUGGAAGUUUGUUGUUAUCACUGCACAGAUAAGUGUCCUGACCUGCUACAUAAACUUGUCGGUGUCGGAGCGUUUUGCCAGAGAACAUUGUCUGUCAUACCUGCCCUUCUUCCUGUUUUUUUGUACAGCUCUUUAAGUGUACUUCAGGUGUUCAUACUGCAGUCUCUGAAGUCUUCCUCUUACCUAUAGCUGGUUUCCAGUACUGCUUUUAAUCACUGUUUCAUCAAUAAACUUGUAUUUUGAUAGCAAUUCUGCCUUGUUAAGCACUGCUCUGGUGUCAAAAGACUUGAUGAGUGUCCACAGUGAUGUGUUUCUGCCUGAUUGGGAUUUCUUCAUGCUAGAAGCUAAAGACGCUCAUUUGGUAGCGGCUUUCAUAACUGCGCGACUUUCUGGACACUUAAUCACAGCUUGAAUUGUUCUGCUUGGAACACACCCUCAUGUAUUGUAGCAGAA